CGAGUGUCGCGCUCCCGUGGCUCGCGCCUGCGCCGCCCGCCGGCCUCGGGAACGCGCUCUCUCGGCGGCGCGCGCGCUCCCAGUCUCCGCCACCCACUAGCUCCGGCACCAGCAGCAGCGCCGCCGCCACCGCCCACCUUCUGCCGCCGCCGCCGCCACAGCCACCUUCUCCUCCUCUGUCCUCUUCUGUCCUCGCCUUCUGUCGAUCAUCAGGCUUUGAACCAGUAUGGCUGAACCCCGCCAGUUUGACACAAUGGAAGAUCAUGCUGAGGGCUACACUCUGCUCCAAGACCAGGAAGGAGACAUGGACAAUGGCUUAAAAGAGUCUCCCCCACAGCCCCCCGCCGAUGACGGAUCCGAGGAACCAGGGUCCGAGACCUCUGAGGCUAAGAGCACUCCAACCGCUGAAGACGUGACUGCACCCCUAGUGGAAGAGAGAGCUUCUGACAAGCAGGCCGCUGCCCAGCCCCACACGGAGAUCCCCGAAGGAACCACAGCUGAAGAAGCAGGCAUUGGAGACACCCCGAACCUGGAGGACCAAGCCGCUGGGCAUGUGACUCAAGAGCCGGAGAAGGUCCAGAAUUUCCCAGAAAGUUUGCUUGGCGAGCCAGGGCGCCCUGAAGGCCAGGCUCCAGACUCAGGGAUCUCUGAUUGGAUCUGCCAACCGGUGCCUAGCGUGUCUGGGGCUCCCCUCCUGCCACAAGGCCUCAGAGAGGCUACGUGCCAACCUUCGGGGACAAGACCUGAGGAUGUAGAGAGAAGCCACCGGCCCUCUGAGCCGCUGCAGCAAGAACCGCCUCUGAAGGAGGGAUGGGGCAAAGACAGGCUGGGGAGUGAGGAGGAGGUGGAUGAAGAUCUUGACAUGGAUGAAUCAUCCCAGGAGUCCCCUCCCUCCCAGGCGCCCCUGGACCCAGGCAGGGCAGCCCCUCAGCCUGUCUCCAGGGAAACCACUGGCAUGCCUGGUUUCCCAGGUGAGGGUGCCGUCCCACUUCCUGUUGACUUCCUCUCCAAAGUCUCCACAGAGACCCAGGCCUUGCAGCCCGAAGGGCCUGGCACAGGGCCCAUGGAGGAAGGGCACGAGGCUGCCCCAGAGUUCACAUUCCACGUGGAAAUCAAAGCCAGCAUGCCGAAGGAGCAGGAUUUGGAAGGGGCGACAUUGGUGGGGGCCCUUGGAGAGGAGCAACAGGCCCAGGGCCCCUCUGUGGGAAAGGACACCCAAGAGGCUAGCCUUCUGGAGCCAUCCGAGAAGCAGCCCGCAGCUGGACUGCCGGGAAGGCCAGUCAGUCGGGUCCCUCAACUUAAAGCUCGAGUGGCUGGUGUCAGCAAAGACAGGACUGGAAGCGACGAGAAGAAAGCGAAGGGGGCCGAUGGUAAAACUGGAACCAAGAUCGCUACACCUCGGGGAGCAGCCCCUCCAGGCCAGAAGGGCACAUCCAACGCCACUAGGAUCCCGGCCAAGACCACGCCCAGCCCAAAGACCCCUCCAGGCUCAGCUUCCAAGCAAGAGCAGAGAAAACUACCCCCUGCAGGGGCAAAAUCUGAGAGAGGUGAACAACCAAAAUCCGGAGAACGCAGCGGCUACAGCAGCCCUGGCUCCCCUGGGACCCCUGGCAGUCGCUCCCGCACCCCAUCCCUACCAACGCCGCCCACCCGGGAGCCCAAGAAGGUGGCAGUGGUCCGCACUCCCCCCAAGUCGCCCUCUGCCAGUAAGAGCCGCCUACAGACCGCCCCUGUGCCCAUGCCGGACCUGAAGAAUGUCAAGUCCAAGAUUGGCUCCACUGAGAACCUGAAGCACCAACCAGGAGGUGGCAAGGUGCAGAUAAUUAAUAAGAAGCUGGAUCUUAGCAACGUCCAGUCCAAGUGCGGCUCGAAGGACAAUAUCAAACACGUCCCGGGCGGCGGCAGUGUACAAAUUGUCUACAAGCCAGUGGACCUGAGCAAGGUGACCUCCAAGUGCGGCUCCUUAGGCAACAUCCAUCAUAAACCAGGAGGGGGCCAGGUGGAAGUAAAAUCUGAGAAGCUGGAUUUCAAGGACAGAGUGCAGUCGAAGAUUGGUUCCUUGGAUAAUAUCACCCACGUCCCUGGAGGAGGGAAUAAGAAGAUUGAAACCCACAAGCUGACCUUCCGGGAGAAUGCCAAAGCCAAGACAGACCAUGGAGCAGAAAUCGUGUACAAGUCGCCUGUGGUGUCUGGGGACACAUCUCCACGGCACCUCAGCAAUGUGUCCUCCACGGGAAGCAUCAACAUGGUGGACUCCCCACAGCUUGCCACACUAGCCGAUGAAGUUUCCGCUUCUUUGGCCAAGCAGGGUUUGUGAUCAGGCCCCUGGGGCGGUCAAUAAUCGUGGAGAGAAGAGAGAGUGAGAGUGUGGAAGAAAAACAAAAAAGAAUGAUCUGGCCCCUCGCCCUCUGCCCUCCCCACUGCUCCUCACAGACCAGCCGACCGGCUUGUCACCUAACCUGCUUUUGUGGCUCGGCUUUGGCUGGGGACUUCAAAAUCAGUGAUGGGAAUAAGAGUAAAUUUCAUCUUCCAAAUUGAUUCGUGGGCUAGUAAUAAAAUAUUUUUUAAGAAAAACAUGUAAAAACAUGGCCAAACCCAACAUUUCCUUGGGCAAUUGCUAUUGAUUCCCCCCCCCCCCCCACCCCCCUUUGAGUCUUAGAGGGUGAAGGAGGCUCUGAAGGUUGUUUCUGGGGAGUUUUAAGGGACUAGGGCAACUGAUUGCCACAGCCCCACCCUAGGGGCAUCAGGGACAGCAGCAGCAACAAAAGGUUAGGAACUUGGUGUGUUUGUGGAGCUAUAGGCAGGCAGGCGAUGCUAAUGUGUGGAUGUGAAGCGGGCCUGAGGCAGCAAAGGCUGAGAGCUGGGUGUCAGGGAGUCAGAGGAGAGGGGAGGAAGACAGGCUCCUGCCAAGUCGCUUGGGAAGAACAGGUAGCCCCAGUCACCUGCAGCAGCCUUAGAAGGCACAACUGCCUGUUUGGUAAGGCCCUGGGAAGUAUGUGCCCCUUCUGUAGGGCAGCUGGAAGGUGGUAUCUUGUUGCUUGGUUCUCUGAAGGCUGACCUUGACAUCACAGGGCACUGGUUUAUUCCUCCCUCUCUGCAGGGUGGGAGUCCUGAGCUGAGGGGCUUCAUUCUCCUCUCACAGAAAACCCUGCUUUACUGAGUUCUGAAGUUUGGAAUUGCAGCCAUGAUUUUGGCCACUUCACAGACCUGGGACUUUAGGGCUAACCAGUUCUUCAUAAGGACUUGUGCCUCUUUGGGGACAUCCGCCUGUUCUCAAGCUUGGUCCUCUGGCAUUUCUGCAGGGUGAGGGAUGGAGGAGGGGCGGACAGGCCUCCCACCCCUCCCACAGCCACUGCAGCCCCUCCACCUGUCCAUCACACCCACGUGUCUGCCGAGAGCCAGUCACUGCCGUUCUCUCAUCCCGUCUCACUGUCCAGGGUGCUUAGCCUCCCCGCCCCCAUCCUGGCCCUGGGUAGAUGUGGGUAGUACCUGCUCUACACUAAGAGCUGGAGUCCAGGGAGGGCAAAGAUUUGAAGCUCAGUCUCUAGUCCUACGUUCCACAAAUCCAACCAGUGUGCCUGGUGAUGACCCUGGACACUCUGUCUGCUUUUUUUUUGUUUUAAACUUUAAAUAGUGGUUGCCUCCUAGGUAGGCCUGGCCCUCUUCUCGUGUUGAGCUGGAGGCAAUUCAGGUGCCAAUGUGUUGGCACCAGUAAGAGCAGACAAGACUCCCAGGGCAGGGCCACAUUCCUCUCAUCCUUCUCUUCCACCCCAGCUUGUGAUUGCUAGCCUCCCAGAGCCCAGCCACCAGUAAGUCCCUGUGCACAUAAUCAGCCCUCCACACCCCAACUUGGGGAACAUACCCCCUGGGAAUGUUUUCCUCCAAUCCCCAUGGAAGCGGUGCUGCCUGCCCUGCUGGAGCAGUCAGACAUCUUCAUAGAUACAGCCCUUCCCUCCCCGUCUACACCCUGUGCGUUGUAGUUGGAUUUGUCUGUUUGUCUGGGUUCACCAGUGACUAUGAUAGUGAAAAGAAAGGAAAAAAGAAAAAAAGAAAAAAAAAGGAUGCAUGUAUCUUGUAAUAUUUGUCAAAGGGUUCUAGCUCACCACCAGGGAUGGAGGUCCUGGGUAUUUCUUGGCUCCAGGCCAGUGCAGUGCUUCACUGCUAGGACACCCUAUGUUUUCAAAGUUUUCCUCUGCAACUGGGACCUCACAGACACUGGAUUGUGACAUUGGAGGUCUCUUAGCUGCCCAGGCCUGAAACACAGGACCAGAGAGACUCCACCUGUCAGGGAGAGCUUCCUGCUGGCCUGUUUUGCAGAGUGAAGAUGGUCCUGCCUAAUCACAGCCUCAUGUCCCACAGCAGCCCUGUAAGAUGGGCUGAUAACUACUGCAUUCCGAGAGACAAGGGCAUCAGUGUCAGCUGCGAGAGCUGUGGCCCUAGAAAUCCCAUGAUUCUCCAGAAGACAUCCUUGGGCCCUCACCACAGGGCUUGGGAUGAACUGCCCCACUGAGGAAGGGGACAUCGUAGGAGACUCCCUUGGUGUCCGAAGUGUCAGCCCACUGACCUUGCAUGAGCAUCUCCUACAGCUGCAGGGAAGAGGCCUCAGAAGCAUAGGAGCCUCAGGCCCAAUUCUAUCACUUCUGGCUUGGAUACAGUUAAGGAGUUAAGGACAGACACUGUGGAUGGUAGAAGGAAGCAGCCAGCCUUUCCCAUUAAAGAACAACCUAUGGAGAAGCUCCCAGAUGCUGACGGGCCCAAUGGAGAAAAGGGAAGUGUGGCUUGAAGCAUUGUCCCUUCAUCAUGGCUACCUAUUCUGGUUUUUAUCUUACUUCCCAUUGUCCAUUCUGCAGUUCCUGUCCUUGAAUGGGAACACUAAAAUAUCUCUUGUAGGGAAAACAGCCCCAAAAUAAUUAUUUGGAGUUAUCAGGUCAGUGCUGGCUGAUAGGCAGUUUACAAUGAGUUUGGCUUGUGACUUCAGUGAGGACAAUCCCCCAGGGGCACAGCACCUGUCCUUUCUUCCCAUGCCUCCCUAGUCCAGAGCUGAUGUCUUACUUAGGGUGGGCUAGAUAGGGUAUACCAUAUGCCUGGUUCCUCCAAGCUCUUAAUUCACUUUAUCAAUAGUUCCAUUUAAAUUGACUACAAUGGUAAGACUGUAUCCUGUUUGAGAUUGCUUUGUGCUAUGGGGGGAGGGGGGAGGAGGAACAUGUUAAGAUAUUUCACAUGGGCAAACGGAAGCCUUGGAGUGUAGCCAUCUGUAACCUUCAUGAUUAUGACCACUUGCUAGAGAGAAGUGCCAUGGCUUUAGCCUGGAGGCUUGUGACAGGCUUUCCCAAGGCAGAGACAGCCAGCUAGUUCCCUGCCUUCCCAGCCAGGUGUAGCUCCCAGGUUUGUGUAGGAAUCUAUGAACUACUCUUGUCUGCUGCCUUCUUUUGGUGUCCAGAGCCCACCAUCCUGCCUCACCCUGGCUUCCUUCCCUCUAAGUCACUGGCACAUCAGUUACCACUUCUGGACUGGCUUCAGAUCCACAGCCUACAACUACUAGCAGUAGCCAAGACCUCUUCCUUUAGUCUGUUCUCCAGUGAAGGGCAGAGGUGGUAACCAACUAUAUGACUAUGGUUUUAUGAGCCUCCAAACCUCUCUCUGGCUUCUGGAAGGGUUACUUUGGGCAGUAGCUCAGUCUCACCCUCCUGAUGGAUUGUAGCCUGUGCAGUUACUGUGCUGGGCAUGAUCUCCAGUGCUUGCAAGUCCUAUGAUUUCUUUGGUGAUUUUGAGGGGGUGGGGGAGGGACAUGGAAUCAUUUUAGCUUAGCUUCCUGUCUGUGAAUGUCCAUGUAGUGUAUUGUGUUUUAACAAACGAUUUACACUGAUUGUUGCUGUAAAAGUGAAUUUGGAAAUAAAGUUAUUACUCUGAUUA